ACACAAUUGCCCCGUACGUGCAGAUAGUACUCUGGUUCGAUGGCUUCAGGGAAACGGAAUUUCUGCAUUUGAGCCUCAGUUCGGUGAUUCGGGACUUACUAAAGCUUUCAUUGUAAUAUUUGACACGGCUGCUGCAGACCGGUGACUUCUUCCCAAAGACCAGACGAAGUGCCAAGUGAUGCCAAAACAGUGCGCGCGGACAACCAAUCAGUGCGUGUUUCUCUCUCUCUUUAUCAAGUAUUUGGAUUUGGCAAAUCAAAGCCUUUCAAGGUUCAUUCCUUCAACUAACUUCAUAGUUUGCUUUAAUUCUUUUCAACUUGGAAUAUUGGAUUUUUUUCUUCUUCAAAAAAAACCUUUUAGUCACUUGAAUGGGAUUGUGACCUCUCAUCAAUGAAGUCCGGCAGGUGACGAACGAAUUAAAUAUGAGAAGUUUGAUUGUUUUUAUUCUAUCUUUAUCAACGUGUCUGUCAGUGGUGAGUGGAAGACAUCCAACAUGUAACUUCCUUCUGGAGCUUGAGAAAGACCAGGAGGAAUGUCUUGUGAAGCUGAGGGAACAAGAAUCUUCAAAUGCCUCCAAAGGAGCGGGAUGCAAAGCUAUCUGGGAUAACAUAGCAUGUUGGGGCCGUGCAGAGGUUGGAGAGACCGUCUCUAGAGAAUGUCCCAGAGUGCUCAAGACAUUCUUUGGCAGAAAUGGAAACAUAAGUAAGAACUGUACAGAGGACGGGUGGUCUGAAGUUUUUCCCCAAAUAACCCGUGUGUGUGGGGCAGAGGAAAAGCAUGAUAAGCUGGUCUUCUUUAUGGUGGUGAAGACUCUGUACACCCUGGGCCACAGUUUGUCUUUGAUCGCCCUCACAACCGGGAGCGCCAUCCUCUGUGUAUUCAGAAAACUCCACUGCACAAGGAACUACAUUCACCUCAACCUGUUCUUUUCCUUCAUCCUGAGGGCGGUGGCGGUCCUUGUGAAGGACGACAUCCUCUUCUCUCGCAGCAAUCAGUGUUCUGAGCUGCCUUCACUGAUUGGAUGCAAGGCGAGUCUGGUGAUUUUUCACUACUUUAUCAUGGCCAACUUCUUCUGGUUGCUGGUUGAGGGCCUCUACCUCCAUAUGCUGCUGAUUGUCAUCUUCUCUGAAAAUAGGCACUUCAUUGUUUAUCUUCUCAUUGGCUGGGGAAUCCCAACAGUGUUUGUUUCUGCAUGGGCUAUUGCAAGGGUUUAUUAUGAGGAUACUGGCUGCUGGGAACAGAAUGAUAACCCAAUCCCAAUGUGGGUGAUCAAUGUGCCCAUAGGAAUCUCCAUCAUGGUGAACUUCCUCCUGUUCAUCAGUAUUAUAAGAAUCCUGGUUCAGAAACUGAGGUGUCCUGAUGUGGGUGGCAACGACCAGUCACAAUACAGGAGGUUGGCCAAAUCCACUCUCCUGUUGAUCCCUCUGUUUGGCAUCCAUUAUGUUGUCUUUGUGUCUCUCAAUGAAUCCAUGGUAGAUUACAAAAUCUUCUUUGACCUCGCUAUCGGAUCCUUUCAGGGCCUGGUGGUUGUCAUCCUGUACUGUUUCUUAAACAGUGAGGUUCAAGGGGAACUCAAGAGAAAAUGGCAGAGUAUAUGCCUCAACUGCCAUAUGGCCAGAAACUACACCCAGCACAACACCUACGCCUCCAGAAACGGCUCAGAGAACAUGGCUCAGUUCCAACGUAACUGUCGGGCCCAGUCCUUCCUGCAGACAGAGACUACUGUACUGUGAGGGCUGCGGGUAAAGAGGCAUCUGUCUCCAUUAAAACGCUAUAAAACUCUGCUAUUGGCCUAAAUACACACUACAGCAAGCAUAGGCUACAGUUGUGGGCACUAAAAAGUUAAGUUGGCCCACAGUAUUGGCAGAACAAUUACUGAAAUGGCUCUAGGAUCUUCUAAUGAGUUUGUCUAUUAAACCUGUACCCUUUAUUGUGCCUGCAACUUAUGGCAGAUGUCAUAACAGGGUAUUUUUAACAGAUAUGAAUAAAUUGGUCUGUCUGCAGUAAUGUCAAUGUUUUUAAGUCAUUGGUUAGUUUAAAUAAACCUUUCAUUAAAGGAUACCAGGGAGAAGUGCUGUGCAUGGUUAGUAUACUUCUCCCUCUUCCUCUCUCUUUCCCUCUCCCUCUUCCUUUCUCUUACCCUCUUCCUCACACUCUGUGGUGAAAUGGAUUUCACACUGUGCUUAAUGACCUCAUGCAGCCCUCCACCCAUGUGUUCUGACACUAGUCUAAAUGAACAAUGUCUUUCAAGUUAAUAUCUGAGUCUCAAAUGGCACCCUAUUUUCUAUAUAGUGCACUACUUUUGA